CGGGAGCAGCCAGGGCAGUAGAACGAAAGCAUCUCCAGCCAGAGGGCGACCGGGAGCGAAGAAGCGGGGCGGAGCCUCGAUCUAGAGAGGCUCAAUUUAGAUCUUCCACUGCCCCAAUCCGACGCGUCCUUUCGCACGGCCAAGCCCAGGGAAGCAAGAGUCCAUAAACUGCUGCUGGUGGAGGGAGUUGGAAAACUGCAACUCCUUUGCAGAAUCUGCGAGGUUCUUCCGAAGCAGGAUGCUGCUGCUGCUGCUAGACGCUGCUGCGAAAAUGAGGGGCUCCCUGCUCCUUGCUCCCCACUUUCUGUGCCUUCUGACUGCGUCUUGGGCUGCUUCUGCAGCGGCCGGGCCCAGUUUUCUGGUGACUGCUCCUAGUGUCAUCAGGCCAGGAGUCAACAUGACGGUUGGGGUGGAACUGCUGGAGAAUAGCCCCUUACAAGUUUUGGUAAAGGCUGAAGUGCGUCGGAGCCAGCCAAAUAUCACUGUCCUGGAAGCAGAAGGAAUCUUUCAAAAAGGUUCAUUUGAGAGUCUUGUUCUUCCAGCACUACCCUUGAAUAGUGUGAAUGAAUUAUAUGAAUUAUAUAUCACUGGACAUGCACAGGGUCAGACUUUGUUUUCUGAUAAAACCCACUUGAUCUUUGAGACCAAGAGAUUAUCUGUCUUCAUUCAAACAGACAAGUUCCUUUACAAACCAAAUCAAGAGGUGAAAUUCCGUGUUGUCACUCUCUACUCUGACCUCAAGCCAUAUAAAACAUCUGCAGACAUUCUAAUUAAGGACCCCAAGUCAAAUUUAAUCCAACAGUGGUUGGAUGAAGAAGGUAACCUUGGAGUUAUUUCUAAAACAUUUCAAUUAACUUCAAAUCCAAUACUUGGUGAUUGGUCUAUUCAAGCACGAGUGAAUGGUCAGACCUAUUACCAGUCAUUCCAAGUUUUAGAAUAUGUAUUACCCAAAUUUGAAGUUACUCUCCAGACACCUUUAUAUCAUUCUUUGAAUUAUAAAAACUUGAAUGGCACUGUUACUGCAAAGUACACAUAUGGAAAACCAGUUAAAGGUGAUGUAGCACUCAUAUUUAUACCUCUGUCCAUCUGGGGAAUAAAGAAAACUAUAACUAAACAUUUUGAGAUAAAUGGAUCUGCAAACUUCACUUUUAGUGAUCUAGAGAUGAAAAGUGUCAUGAAUCAUGGAGAGGAACUACAUUACCCGAAUGAUAAAUCUUCUCCUGGACCAGUGGAAAUUGUCGCUGUGGUGACAGAAUCACUUACAGGAAUUUCCCGAAAUGCAAGUUCAAAUGUAUUUUUCAAGGCAAAUGACUACACAAUUGAAUUUUUUGAUUAUGUUAAUGUCUUGAAGCCUUCUCUCAACUUCACGGUUACUGUGAAAAUAACCCGUUCUGAUGGUGUUCGGCUGACUCCUGAAGAAAUAAGAAAUAAUGUAAUGCUCACCAUAACACAGACAAAUUACACCAAUUUUUGGGACAGAUGGAACAAUGAAGAUCAGGAAAGGGAAACUGUCCAGGUCCUAAAUUACACAGUUCCAGAAGAUGGGACCAUUCGUCUUGAAUUUCCAAUCCUAGUUAAUACCAGUCAACUGCAAGUGAAGGCUUCUUUUCUUGAUGGUGUGAAUAGCUUAUCAAUUUAUGGCAUGUUUAAGUCUCCUAGUAUGACAUAUAUCCAAUUAAAAGCAGGAAGUGAAAAUGUAAAGGCUGGCUCACCUUUUGAACUGAUUGUCACUAGCAACAAGCCAAUGAAGGAAUUAAGUUAUAUGGUGAUAUCCCAAAGCCAGGUAGUUGCAGUAGGCAAAAAGAACUCCUCAAGUUUUUUUUUAACACCAGAAAAUUCCUGGGCUCCAAAAGCUUGUAUAAUUGUGUACUAUGUUGGAGAUGAUGGGGAAAUUAUAAAUGAUGUCAUGAAAAUUCCUGUCCAACUUGUCUUUAAGAAUAAGAUUACAUUAUCUUGGAAUAAAGUUAGUGCUGAACCAUCUGAGAGUGUUGCUCUUAAAGUUUCUGCAACUCAACCUAGAUCCUUAAUAGGACUUGUAGCUGUUGAUAAAAGUGUAAAGCUGAUGAAUGGUUCAAAUGAUUUUACAGAAGAAAGUGUGAUCCAUGAACUGGAAUUAUACAACAGUGGUUAUUAUUUAGGCAUGUUCACAAAUUCCCAUGCAGUUUUUCAGGAAUGUGGUCUGUGGGUAUCAACGGAUGCAAAUCUUGUGCAUGAUUAUGUGUACGAAAGUUUUAAUGGAGAGCUUUUUGAGAUGGAUAAUGCAGAGGAUCAAGUUAUGUUAACAAGUGGUACAAUUGACAUGGAUUCAGCUCUUGAAGGUGCAUUUGCAGGAAGCACUAAUCCAUCUAUCAGAAAACAUUUUCCAGAGACCUGGCUUUGGAUGGACAUCAAUAUGGGUUCUCAGACUGACAAAGAAUUUGAAGUUAUUGUGCCAGAUUCCAUUACUUCCUGGGUGGCUACUGCCUUUGUGAUCUCUGAAGACUUAGGACUUGGAAUGACAACUGUUCCAGUGGAGCUACAAGCUUUUCAACCAUUUUUCAUUUUUCUGAAUCUUCCAUACUCAAUUAUUAGAGGAGAACAAUUUGUUUUGGAAGUAACCAUAUUCAAUUACUUGAAAGAUGCCAGUGAGGUUAUAGUAACUAUUGAGACAAGUGACAAGUUUGAUAUUCUUAUGAUUUCAAAUGAAGUAAAUGCCACAGGACAUCAACAGUCUAUACUAGUGCCAAGUGAGGAUGGGAGAACUGUGCUUUUCCCAAUUAAACCAAAGCAUUUAGGAGAGAUUCCAAUCACUGUGACAGCAGUUUCACCCAGUGCCUCUGAUGCCAUCACCCAGAACAUUUUAGUAAAAGCUGAGGGAAUAGAGACAUCAUAUUCACAGUCUCUCCUCUUGGAUCUGACUGGCAACAAAUUAUCAACUACAAACCAUACUUUGAACUUCACUUUCCCUCCUGAUAGAGUGAUUGGUAGUGAAAAAAUUCAUAUCACUGCUGUUGGAGAUAUUCUUGGGCCUUCUAUCAAUGGUUUAGAGUCCUUGAUUCGGAUGCCUUAUGGCUGUGGUGAACAGAAUAUGAUCAACUUUGCUCCAAAUAUCUAUGUUUUGAAUUACCUGACUAAUACAAGACAACUGACAAAUAAUGUGAAAGACAAAGCUAUCCAGUUUAUGAGACAAGGCUACCAAAGAGAACUUCUAUACCAAAGGGAUGAUGGUUCUUUUAGUGCUUUUGGAAAUAAUGAUCCUUCUGGGAGCACAUGGUUAUCAGCUUUUGUCCUAAGAUGUUUUCUUCAAGCUUCUCCUUACAUAGAUAUUGAUCAGGAUGUGCUACACAGAACAUUUUCCUGGCUUAAGAAACAUAGGAAACCUAAUGGUGAAUUCUGGGAACCAGGAAAAGUGAUCCAUAGUGACCUUCAAGGUGGCAAUAAUAGUCCAAUUACCCUUACAGCCUAUAUUCUGACAUCCCUCUUAGGUUAUCAGAAAUACCAGGCUUCUAUGGAUAUGAGAGCAUCUGUUAACUUUUUGGAGUCCCAGUUCAGGGAAGGUGUUUCAGAUAACUAUACUCUAGCUCUCAUAAGUUAUGCAUUGUCAUCUGUGGACAGUUCUGAGGGGAGAGCGGCUCUGGAUAUGUUGAAUCAGAGAGCAGAACAUGAAGGGGGUAUGCAGUUCUGGGAGUCCUCAGUAUCCAAACUUUCCAAAUCCUGGCAGCCGAGUUCCUUGGACAUUGAGGUUGCAGCCUAUGCAUUAUUGUCACACUUCCUGCAAAAUCGGAUGGCAGAAGGAAUGCCUAUUAUGAGGUGGUUAAGCAAGCAGAGAAAUAGGCUGGGAGGUUAUUCCUCUACUCAGGAUACUAUUGUGGCCUUGCAUGCUUUAUCUACAUUUGCUGCUCUCACUACCACUGGACAGACAGACAUGAGAGUAACUGUUACUGGACCUAGUGUGACAAUACCAAGAGAGUUUCCAAUUAACACUAAAAACCGUUUUCUUCUCCAGACAGCAGAGCUUGCAGUCCAACAGCCAACUUCAGUUACUGUUUCAGCAAGUGGUUUUGGAUUUGCUUUUUGUCAGCUCAAUGUUGUAUACAAUGUGAAAAAUUCAGAAUCGUCCAGAAGGCGCAGAUCCAUUGAAAGCCAAGAAGCCUUUGACUUAGAUGUUGCUGUUAAAGAUAAUAAAGAGGAUAUCAACCAUUUAACUGUGAAUGUUUGCACCAGGUUUCGGGGACCAUCCAAGAGUGGCAUGGCUCUGAUGGAAGUUAACUUACUGAGUGGCUUUGCAAUGCCUCCAGAUGCAAUUCUACUGAGUGACACAAUUAAGAAAGUAGAGAAUGAUCAUGGCCAAGUCAAUCUAUAUUUAGAUUCUGUAAAUGAAACACAGUUUUGUGUAGAUAUUCCUGCUGUGAGACACUUCAAAGUAUCAAAUACCCAAGAUGCCUCUGUAUCUAUAGUGGAUUAUUAUGAACCAAGGAGACAGGCAGUCAGAAGUUACAAUUCCAAAGUGAUGCUGGAUGUGUCCUCUUGUGACCUGAGUGACGGAGAACAAAAUUGGGAAUUUUGCAAAGACAGCUCCCCAAGAUUAUUUCAAAACUCUGUAGUAGUUUCUUUUUGGUGCUUCUUGUUUCUCUCCUCCUUGCAGAUUUGGCUGUAAUCUUUUAUUUUGUGAGGGGUACAUUGAAAUUUCCAUGGAUGGUUUGUACUCAUUGUUUAAUUCAUCUUCUGAUUCUGCUUAAAUAGUUAUUUCCAUGGGUUAAAAUGAACAAAUAUCAGUGUUAAUUUCAUUGAUAUUUUUCUCCUCUCCCACCUCAAUUUUUAAGAGGAACUUGGAAUCUAACUGAUUUGGAAAAUAAUCUUAUUGUGCCUUACUUACUUCCCUGCACCUAUCUUUCUUUUCCCUCUCAAAAUGUCUUUGGGCUGUAUGUAAGGUAAAACUUUCUUCAGUGUUAAGAAUAUUUUGUUAUGAGGGCUUCAUUUAUUCAUCAUAUUUGAUUAAUGAAACAGGUUCUUGCUGAAAACAGCUGAAUGUUAGUGUUUAGGACUGUUAUGAAGGGUGCUGCCUUUUCUCCAAGAAGAAAACUGCUUUUAUGAGUGGAGUUCCUUUGAAAACUGAGAAUGAAAGAAAAUGCAAGAAAGAACUUGUUUGGUCCCAUACUUAUUUUCAUGGCCUUAACAUACCCUUUCUUUCAUGAAUUUGGUUCUUUCCAGAGCCUUAAGUUGUAAAAAAAAAUGGUUCUCUUCCUCCUAAUUUCUCUCAUUCUAAUAAUUUGCUUCUUUCUCACUUGUUCUCUCAGAUUCCAGAAUAACUCAGGUAUGAGGAUUUGAGGCUGUUCCAGUGGAAACCAGGUUUAGUGUACACUGUAGGGAACUAGACCUGAAAGUCAUAAUUUAAUUUUUAAGGUUUUCUGGCAGCGCUUGGGAGAGAAAACAGACCAAGAGUAUGUUCUAAGUUUCAUAUAAAAAUUAUGGGAAUAAUUUUAGCACUACCUUGAUCAAUGUGUGCUUCUGGGCAGAAAUUUGGGGUUUGGUCUACAACUAAAAAACACAUAACUGGUUCAAAGUAAGGAUAUAUCUGCUACCAAAAGAUUAGAUAAUAUGGAGUAGACUGGCAAUAUAGAUAGAAUCAGGAAGACUUGAAGUUCAAAUCUUGCCUCUGACAUAUACCAGCUGUGACCAUGGGCAAAACACAUACUUUCUCAGUGCCCCAUGUCACUCAUUAAACUAUAGACAAGUUGCUGACCUAAAUCAUUGAAGGGAGUUCCCCAUGCCUAUUAAUAUGACAAGUCUGUAAGAAAAAAAAUAAAACUAAAGGCCUUUAGGUUAGUUCUUAUAUUGAUUAUGGAAGUUUUGAUUGAAAAGAAAUCAAAUAUUUUAUCUUAGGAAUCUGGAAAUUGUCUAAGUGCAGUUAUUAUUAAUGUUUGAAUAAUACAGAAAAUGUGUAGAGAAUAGUUUCUUAUAUAGUGCCAGUUUUUAUACAGUGACAUUUUUAUACAGAAGAGAGAAAGUAACCAUUGAAUUAGUUAUUCUAGUAAUUUUUUUUUUUCAAGGAGGGGAUGAUAUCUGCUAAUGAAUCAGUAUUCAUCUAGAACAACUCUUGUCAACAAGGGAAAGGCACUUGACAUUCUGUAGCAUAGGAGCAGCUUAUAAUAACAACAAUACACAUUUAUUUAGCACUUUUAUUGUUUACAAAGUACUUUUCUCACAACAACCCGGUGGAGGAAGUGAGAGCAAGUAGCAGUAAGCUCAUUUUAUAGUCAUUCGGAAUUCUACACAAGAAUGAUAGAAGUGUAUAAGAGCAGUUAAGUGACUUUAUUGAUCCUGAAGAGAUAGGAGAAUUGUCUAAGGUCAUUGGUAAGUGAGAGCUAGGAGGUUAAUUCAGUCUCCUGAUUUUUCAUCCAUUGAUCCUUUGAGCAAGGCUUUCUUCUUUUUAGAUGAAACUACCUUAGAAUAAAGCUGCUUUGGCAAAUAGCUCCUUAGAUCAAUCCCAGAAUGAUCUUAUAAUUAAUUCCACUCUCUUGAAAAACAUUUUGAGUUUCUAUUGUCAAAAGUUACUAACUUUUAGUAUAUAUGGAAACUUGGAACUGGAAAAAGCAUGAGUAUAUUCUUGCUCUCCCUAUUAUGCUAACAUGUGAGAUACUGAUAACUUAUCUAUACUCUGCUUUUUUCAUUUAUAAAAGUCAGUUGAUGAUACUCUCAGUAGAGUACAUUCUAUAUGAGUGGUAUCUCUCUUUUAAUUAAUCCUAAAUUUCAUCAGCUGCUGAAAGUGAGGUCUGAACAACUAAGGCAGGAUGAUACAGCUCAUCUUUGUGAAUGAACUUGAAUUCUACCAUUUAUUUUUUCAUGUGAGGCCUCUCUUAGGGUGAUUUCCUGCCUAAAAUGUGGGGUUGUUUUAAGAUUAGUGACCAUUAUGAAACCUCAGAUAUACUAGCGAUACAAUAGUGGUAUUAGUUAGUAGUAGAAACUAUUGAUAUUUCUGGAGGUGGGAGGGGAGAAGUUAUAUGUACACCAUGAUUAAUGAAUAGUAAGGGGUAAAUCACCCAACUCUUUUAAACUAUGACAGUUAGGUUUUCAGGUAUUUUAAAUCAAUUUUAACUUGCUUUUUCUUCUCUUUUAUUCUUCCCUUUGUGGACUGGAUAAGUCCCUAAGACUCCAAUAAAUGCCAUCCUUACAUUUUGGACCCAUUAGUGGUCUACCAGAGGGCUAGCAUGGAUCACCAAAGGAAUUUGAGAAACACUAAUUGGCACAAAUUAGGAAUAAAUAAAAAGUUCCUUUACCUUUGGAUUUCUUUAUUUUAGCAGUUCAUUUUUCAUAAAUACAAUCAGGCAUCAUUUUAAAAAUUUCAUUUUAAACCUUUUUAUGGUAAGCACUAUCAGAUAAGUGUAGGACCUCAGAAGCUGUGAUGUCUGAUCUUCUCAUUUAAUAGAGGAGGAAUCUGAGGUCAGAAAACCAAAAUGACUUGGUUAAAGUAUUCAAAUUUUGAACUGUAGUGGUUCUUUGACUCUGGAGCUAGCUCUUUCCACAAUACCAAGCUGCUUCCUAAUGAUACCUUGAAAAAUAUCACGCUUGCAUGGAAUUUUGGUAUGCAUCUGCUUUGGGGUUGAUACUACUUUUGGUAGCUUGCUAACUAUAUUUAACUCUUAUUCUUUAAGAAGGAAAAAACCCCACACUUUCAAAAGACAAAAUCUCAGUCCAAAUGUAGGACAUAACAAUAUAUUAGGUACUUUUACUAACAAUGACUGUAUAAUGUCAGCUUUCUUAGCUAAAUCAAAUUAAUUCUUUAUGCUUUGUCUUAAAUCCAGACGAUUAAUUCUAUCCCUGCUAUACUGAUAUGAUUAAAAAAAAUCAAGGUCUACUUCUUUUAAGGGGCAGCUAGGUGGCAUAGUGGAUAGAGCACUGGGCUUG